ACACGUGGCAUUUAUUUUGUGGGUUGGAUCACGACGAGUCGACGAAGGCACGGCGGCUUCUUCACUUGUCGUUUCUUCGUCUCUCUUGUAAAACCGAAAAAUUUCACGAGGCGGAGCAACUCUGAGAUCGCCGGCAGAUUUUGUUCGCAGAGAGGAGAAAUACAGAGGUAGAAGUAGACAAAACCGAGGGGAAAAGAAGCUAAGGAUGGAUUGUACGCGGGUGAAUUGGGAAGCGCUCGAUGCUCUGAUCAUCGAUUUCGUUACCUCCGAGAACCUGGUGGUAGAAGAAGACGCAUGCGCGAAUUCAUCGCCGUCUCCUUCUUCGUCGCCUUGCAUCUCCUCAUCGUCGUAUCACGCUAGAUUGAUCAUUCGCCGGAUCCGAAACUCGAUUGAGUCCGGGGACAUUCAGAACGCCAUCGACACCCUUCGCUCUCACGCUCCUUUCGUCCUCGAUGAUCACAGGAUUCUCUUUCGCCUUCAGAAACAGAAAUUUAUUGAGCUGCUGAGGAAAGGAAGGCAUGAAGACCGUGUUGCUGCUAUUCAUUGCUUGAGGACUUGUGUUGCUCCCUCUGCUCUCGAUGCCUAUCCGCAUAGCAAGCAACCCUUCUUGUUUUCCUUAUUUCUCUUUCUAUUCAAGUUAUCAGAAGCGUACGAGGAGUUCAAGCAUCUCCUUCUUGCACUCAUUUAUGAUAAAGAUGAUCAAACCUCUCCAGUUUCAAACGAGUGGGCAGAGAAAAGAAGGUACGAAAUGGCUGGACUGAUGUCAUCUGUCUUGAGGGCUUCUUUACAAGCAUAUGAUCCUCUAUUUUCAAUGACCCUAAGAUAUCUGAUCAGCAUACAUAAAGGAUUUUGCUUUCACCAAGGGAUUUCCUCCGCAGUUUCUGAUCUCACCCAUAGGUUGCUCUUGGAGGAACGUGAUCCCCCCGCUACUCCUCUGGAAAGCAUGUACGAAGCACCACCCUUUGAUGAGGUGGACAUACAGGCUCUUGCUCAUGCGGUUGAGCUCACUAGACAAGGUGCCGUUGAUAGCAUGAAAUUUGCCAAAGGUGACCUCUUCCAGGCUUUCCAGAAUGAAUUGUGCAGGAUGCAAUUAGAUGUUUCUGUUCUUGAUGAGCUUGUUAAGGAGUACUGCAUAUACAGGGGUAUUGUUGAUUCAGAGAUACAAAUGAUCACGGGUCCUGUCAAACGCAACCAAUUUGAGGUGGCCCAUAGGUUAUCAAGAGAUUGUUCUACUGAAAUAGAUCUCAACACAAGUCAACAUUCAGAUGUCGAGGACUACAGCAUGCUUGAUGGCGCACUCGUAAAUGACGCUGAAAUGUCUAGCAAAGAAGGAGGUGAAGUUGGCAGUGAACGAACCAAUGUUUCUGAAGAUUGCAGCAAUAGCUGGUCAAACAAAUGUGAAAACACAAGAGCUCUGGUUAGAAUUAGAUCCCAUAUGAACUGUGAGAGCAAUAAACGAAAAAGAUGGCGAGGGAGAAUUGAUGAAACGGAUCGUCUUCCUGAUCCUUCAUUUUCGAAGUCUGAGACAGGCAUAAACCCUUUAGAGAAUAAGUAUGAAAUAGCCUUGGCGCUGAAGGAAUUGGUUAGUAGAGGAAUGGUAGCAGAAGCCGUUAAUGAGAUCAGCACCAUGGAUCCAGACUUUUUCACACAGAAUCCGGUUUUACAUUUCCAUCUUAAGCAGGUUGAAUUUCUAAAGCUGGUGAGUGCUGGUGAUCACAACGGAGCACUAAAGGUCGCGUGCUCUCACUUAGGUCCCUUGGCAGCCAAUGACCAGUCUUUACUGAAGACAUUGAAGGAAACUUUGGUAGUUUUACUCCAACCCGACGGAAACACAACUGGGAAAGAUUUGCCUUUGAAUGAUCUGGCCAAUACGCUGCAGGUUUCUGUGGGUAAUAGGCUGGGGAUCGAAGAACCGCAGCUUAUGAAAAUAAUAAGAGCGACGCUUCACUCGCAUACUGAGUGGUUCAAGCUUCAGAUGUGUAAAGACCGGUUCAGUAACCUCCUUAAGAUAGAUUCUUUGAAAGAAGUGAACACUGAUUUGAUCGGUGCUAUCAAAUCAAGAUCAAACAAAGAGAACAACGCAAACUUGUCAUCUCAGCUCACGACGACGUCUUCGAGCACCAUGACCUCCGAAGAUGGUGGUAGCAGCAGCUUGAUGAUGACGACUCAGACUUCGUCAAGAGAGGCCUUGUGGGAAGAAAGUGCAAUACUUAAAGUAAUGGAAUUUCUGGCGUUGUCGAGGUCUGAUGCAAUACAACUACUAUCACAAUACAAUGGAAACGCUGAGGCUGUGAUCCAGCAACUCUUUGGCUAAACCGAACAGAGCGAAAGUUCUUUUAAAUUUGCAUGAGAUUAUUUGUUUAUUCUUUCUGCAUUUGGUGUAUGUACAUUACUUAACUCAGAUACACUUGUGAAAGAAGAGAAACAAAUGCUAGUUUUAAACAGUAAAA